CAACGACUCGCGGAGUGUAGCAGCGUCGCUUCCUUGCAGGAUUUAAUUGUUUCUGCAAAAAAAAUCGCUUUUGUUUUGCUUUCCCAAGAAGCUCACUUUCCGAAUGCAAACGACUCGAUCGGACGACCCUCCUCCACUCGCCAGGGUUUGCCUGUGUUGGUUUUGUCCUGCAGGAGAAAAGGCAGGCUUUGUGUUUUGGUGGAUCUAGAGCUGGAGAAGGAGGCAGUGCCAGGCACUGCUGCUGCUGCUGUGGGCUGAACCGGCCACGGUGCGUGAGAUUCACUGACGGAGAGAGAGAGAGAGAGAGAGGGAGCGAGCGAGGAAGAGAGGCAGAUAAAAAGGACUCAUGGAAGACAGCAAGCGAGCAUGAUAUCCAGCAGAGACGGAGGAUGGGAAGUUGUCAGACUGCACUUACACUGAGUGUUGGAUCAGUGAGGACUACCAUGUGGAGACCUGGUACAGCUCUGUUGGAAGACACUUCAAGUGAUCUGCUUGUUUAUUUCACCUAAACUUGGGCUGAAAUUGAUGAUUAUUGGAUACUUUCCAGUUUGGUAACCACCAGCAGGAUUUGGAUUUCUGUGCUUGUGGAUAUAUGUGUUUAUCCCUUUGGAAUCAUAUGUGUGUAUUGUAUGUCAAAAACAGUUGCAUAGCAUCACCAGAUAUUUGGAUUUGGAAAAUCGCACCUCUUUCACUGGAGUACAGUUUUUGAGCUUUCUCUUACAGGUAUUUUGGGGGAAUUGUAGUAGUUAAAGCACUCUCAAACCUGCAACCAACACUAAGAGAGGUCUUAGAGCCUCCUAGCAGGAAGUGUUUAGUUGAGUUUGUCAUCCGGUGAAAUGGAUUGUCCACGUCGCAGUGGGAUCCGGAAAAAGCGGAAGUCUCGGUCUGUGCGAGACCGGGCGCGCAUAUCUAAUGGGAUGAGGAAUAACCAUGUCCAUGGCUCCGUGCAUCGAUUCUCCUCAGAUUCUGAGAGGGAAGACCGUAUCAACCCAUCUUCCUCUCGACCCAGGCCACCGAGGAGGAAGAGGAAGGUGUCUAUGUCAGCCGAGGAGGACAUCAUAGAUGGAUUCUCAAUAUCAGGAUUUAUAACAUUGGAAGCUCUUGAGAAGGACAUGACUCUGAAGCCCCAUGAACGGAGGCAGAACCAGGCAGGACCGCUGCGCAAGAAGAAGCCCAGUAGAGGUCUGAAUGGUCUGAACUUCGACCUGCACAAGAACCGGUCCAAACACAUCAACCACCAGCACCAUCACUCUGACCAGGAGAACAACCCUCAUCUGGCCCACACACACGGCAAGAAGAAGAAAAAAUUGCAGAAGACGCACAGACCGCUGAAGCCUGGCCAGAACAACUGCAAAGACAGUGAUAGUGAGAGCGUCAGUGGAGAGUCCAAACCCUCCAUCCGGAGCAGCUCCAGAGACAGACUGACCGACUGUGACAGUGAGAGUGACCAAGAAGACAAGGGCUCAGAUGCCAGCUCAGAGAAACUCUUCAGCACAGCUGCAAUUAAAGUUCCAGAUUUUAGCGUUGAUGCGCUCUCCAUCAAUGCCAGCCAGGAGCUGCGAGGCCUGGGAAUUCCCAAGGUGUCAGGCCUAGAGCGCAGCCAAGAGAAGAGCCAGGAGACUUCCGGUGAACUCCCCUCGGCCACCCCGUCACUGGUGCCCACCUCCCAUCCCAAACCUCCCCUCCCCUCCCCUCUUCACCUCCAGUCACCCCCCUCCAAACGGGCAUUACCUUUGCCCCCGAGCCCAGCCCAAACCCAGCACUCAGAGCACCCACUUAGACCGUUGACGCCCUCUACCACUCUGCCUCUCAACCAAGGCCACAAGCCCUCUCAGGCAGCCCCACCCCAGCCUCUGCAACCACCUGAGACGCCUUCGCACCCUAGGGCACCCCCAGCUACGGGCAACUAUCACCACCCGCCAUCACAAGCACUACCAGCCCAGCAGAACCCCACCCAACCUGCACAGCACAGGCCACCUUCGUGGUGCCACCAACGCCCGGUUUCAGCCUACAACAGCAGCAUUAGCCUCAACAGCCUGAGCAGUAGUCGAAGCAGCACUCCAGGGAAGCCGCUGGGCCCCUCUCCAGCCCCUCAUCUGCACCAUCACCAACCCUCCUUCCCCCUGCCCUUGCCGACGACCCCCACUGCCUCUCACACCUCCCCCCCCUCCCUGCCGUCCUCCACUAUUCCUCAUCACACCAAUAUGUUUGCGUCGCCUGCUGCUCUGCCUCCACCUCCUCCUCUCACCUCAAACACUCUGCCGGUCCCCGGACACCCAGCUGGGAGUGCCUAUUCAGAACAAGACCUUCUCCGGCAGGAAUUAAACACUCGUUUCCUUGCAUCUCAGAGUGCGGAUCGUGGGGCGUCACUGGGUCCCCCUCCAUACUUGCGGACUGAGUUCCACCAGCACCAACACCAGCAUCAACAUCAGCACCAGCACACACACCAACACACACACCAGCACACAUUCACCCCUUUCCCCCACGCCAUCAUGCCCACGCCUGCACCGCCCAUGUUUGACAAAUACCCCACUAAAGUUGACCCGUUCUACAGACACAGCCUGUUCCACUCGUACCCCCCAGCUGUGUCUGGCAUUCCGCCCGUCAUCCCCCCAACAGGGCCCUUCGGAUCUCUGCAGGGAGCGUUCCAGCCCAAGACAUCAAACCCUCUAGACGUGGCAGCCAGGCCUGGAGCUGUCCCACACACACUCCUUCAGAAAGACCCAAGGCUGACGGAUCCGUUCCGGCCGGUUCUCAGGAAACCAGGAAAGUGGUGUGCUAUGCAUGUCCAUAUUGCUUGGCAAAUUUACCACCACCAACAGAAAGUAAAGCAGCAGAUGCAGGUUGACCCACACAAGCUGGACUUUGGCCUCAAACCAGAGUUCCUAUGUCGACCCCCUGGCCCAACUCUGUUUGGAGCUAUCCAUCACCCACAUGACUUGGCACGACCUGCAACGCUUUUCACAGCAGCAGGGUCCACACACCCCUCAGCUGCACCUUUCGGACACCCUCCACAUCACCCUAGCAACUUUCUUACCCCAGCACCUCACUUGGAUUUGUUCUUGCAAUGCCACAACAAAUUACAGGGAUGCAAACUCAUGAGGGGUGAAAAAGAACCCUUCAGCAGACCACCUUCAUUUGGAGGUCUAGCCUCAUUAAGCACUGCAGCCUUUGGUGGGCUGGGAAAUCCAGCACUCACACCCAACUCUGUAUUUGGCCAUAAAGACACACCCAGCGCACAGCAGCACUUCAGUGGGCCCCACGAGCCAUGGAACAGACUCCACCGCACUCCUCCUUCCUUCCCGACCCCACCUCCCUGGCUCAAACCUGGGGACUCUGAACGGAGCACGUCAGUCAGCUCCCAUGAGAGAGACAGAGAGAGGGACAGGGAGAGAGAACGUGACAUGGACAAAAGGGACUCCUCAGUCAACAAGGAUGAUAAGGAGCGGGAGCCCACAGAGAAGAGACACCAGACUCACCCAUCACCAAUUCCUGUUAACCCCCUCACUUUAUUGGGCCACACCCGGCCUUCUGAAACCUCCCGGAACCACGUCCCCUCCAGCGAGCCUCGGGACAAGGACAAGCCCAAAGAUCGGGAGCGAGAACGCGAGCACUCUGACUGGAAAGACUCCAACACAGAUGAACACAAAGAAAAGGAGAAUCACCACAGCGACAAAGACACUCCUGUUAUCCAUGAUGGUCGGAUUCAAGAAGACAAGCCAGCCAGUCGGGUUACAGCAUCACCCUACAUACGCCCAGCUGGCCUAGAGCGGGUGAAUGGUGGUCUGAAUCGAGAGCUUGUGGAGAAGAAGGGGGAGAUUACAUAUGAAAAGAAAAACAGUGAGGUGAAAGUGAAAGAGGAGAGAAAAGAGGAGCAGGACGGUCCCAUAGAGAGAUCCCCGGAGCAAAGAUCAACACCUCAGGCCCCUCCUGCCCCUGCUGUUCACCCGCCAUCUUCAAUGCCAGUACAUAUGGGAAUGGCCAGCAUGCAUCCCAUAAACAGUAUCAGUAGCCUGGAGAGGACUCGGAUGGUGGCACCCUUCAUGGGCAUUAGCCCCAUCCCAGGUGCAGAGAGGUUCCCUUACCCUGCCUUUCACUGGGAUCCAAUGAGGGACCCUUACAGGGGACUAGACAUCCACCGGAGAGAUCCGUUAGCUCGGGAUCUGCUCCUAAGGAAUGAUCCUCUACACCGGUUAGCAGCACCGCGGCUUUAUGAAGCAGAGCGCUCGUACCGGGACCGCGAGCCUCAUGACUUUAACCGAGACCACCCUCAUGGACUGACUUUGGAACAGCGGCGGGAACAAGAGAGGGCACACCUAGAAGAGAGAGAGCGGCUACACUUGCUCAGAGAGGACUUUGAGCAGGGGCGUCUACACCCUAUGCAUUACCCUGCUUUGGACGGACACCUCCCUCACCCUGGUCUCAUGGCCCCAGGACUACCUAACAUGCACUACCCUCGCAUUCACCCCUCCUCUGCAAUGGUUGCUGCCGCCCAGAAUGGAAUCCUGAACAAAAACCCUCCCACUGCAUCACUCAGUGCCCCACCCCCUCUUAUACCAAGCCUCGGAGCACGAUCCACCUCUCCCAGACGGACUACCCCACACAGCACUAAUAUUAGAGACAGACCCCCUUCACACACGCACAAAGACAUUGAGGCACGGUGAGGCUGAACACAUACACACACGUGUGUGCCCCUAACUUGUGUCUGACAGACUUCAUCCUUUAAGUGGAACUCAAAACAAGCACUUGAUACUGGACUGAGACUGUAUCAUAUCUGUGAAUAGAUUGAUGAGUUUUUGUGUUGAUGUUUUGUUUUUUUGUAUAAACACAUGAAAUACUGAGAGUUUUCAUGAUCUUUUAUCCCAUUUGCUCUGGCUUAAGUGUGUAUUCUUAAACAUGUACAGUACACUGAUCUCGAGCAAGUGGACCAACCUUAGAUCUUUAACCUUGGAAACCCAAAAAAGAUGAUUUUGGAAUGUACAGGUACCUCAAUACAUUGCAAAAAGGCUAAACUUGUAGAUAUGUGCAUAGUCUGUGUUUCUUUCCAUAAUAAAAAAAAAAAAUCAAGGUACAAAUAUGCAAAUGGUUGUUAUGAAAGCUUUACUUUUGAAUGGCUGUACAUAGUGGGCAGUGAUCAAACAGAGAGUGUGCAUUCUCACAGACUUGUUUUAAGUUUAAAUUUUAUGGUUUUUAAGGAUCCUAUUGUCCAAGAGGCCACAUCCCUUCUUUCAACUAUGCAACUCAUGCGUGGGCUCUCUCUCUCUAUCACUUUUUUCUCUCUCUACCAUUUUCUACUAAACCCUCUCAUUCUCCUGACUCACUCUCUGUACACUCUUGAUGACUGAAGCAACAGUACAUACUUACACAUGAAUCAGAUUGUUACUAGACAGGGCUUGUCAAUGACAAGUAUUACUCAAAUUGAGGCUCAAUCUGACAAACAGAUUACAGCACUUCACUAAUAUGAUAUUCCCUAAAUCUGGAUCUAUUAACAUGCUUUUUUAUUUUUGUCAAUAUAUAAAAGUCUUUGCGGACAAUCCUUACAAAUGCAACAAGGUUUCCAGAACCUAACUCUACUAGUAUCAAAGAUAGAAUGGAUAUUGCUUCCCUACAUUAAAAGUCAGGUAAUUUGAAUGAAAGACAUGCAAACCUGACAAGACCUGCCAUCUUAUCACAAGUCAGUGUGAAACCUGAAUGAAGUAAAACAAUUUACAAUUGGUCUGUGUAUAAAAGUGUGAUGUAUCUACAAAAUGAAAUAGUAAGAAAUGGGCAGUUUGUUUUUAAUGAGCAGAGAUCUAUUUUAGUAGUCCAUGGGAGGGUUAGUUGUGCGCUUUUGAACUGUGAAAUUCAGAUGUUGUGCAGUGCUUUUUCUUUCAUUUCUCGUUUAAUUUUUUGUUUUCUUAAAAUCAAACAUUAAAAUGUCCACUGAAGCAGUAGUGGGUAGUCAAUACGUAUUGCAAAGAGAUUGUAAAGAACUUUUUUGCUGUUUAUCAUGUACGUAAAAAAAUUAAGUCCUUUCUAGAUCAUGUACAAAAAAGGGUGAGGCGACUCAGCAUGCUCCUCAGUUAAACUUGUGUUAUGUAAAUUGUGCUAUGUUAUUAAAAAAUGUGAACUAAUCCUGUCUUCACGUUUUUGUUUCUUAGCACCUGCUGUCAUAACUAAUUCUGUGAGCAGAUGGCAAAAGCUGUAUAUUUAUGAAAAAUUUUAUAUACAC